UUUAGCACCACCAACCCAACCAUGAACCACAAAAAUACGUCACCGACAACAAUGGAGGUUAAGAUCUCCGAAACCACCACUGUCUACCCCUCCACACCUCCCUUCCACCACCACCACAUCCUCCCUCUCUCCCUCCUCGACACCGACCCCAACCUCCACGUCACCUUCCGCUACCUCCGUGCGUACGUUAGCACCAACCACCACCACCCCACUGCCGCCACCACAGAUCCCUUCCACAUCAUCACCACCGCCCUCUCCGCCACCCUCCUCCACUACUACCCCUUCACUGGAACUCUCCGCCGCCGCCACGUGGACGGCCGGCUCGAGCUACACUGCGCCGCGGGCAAAGGUGUCCCGGUAGUUCGCGCCAAUGUGGACUGUUCGUUAGACUCGGUUAACUACCUUGACGACCCGGCUGAGAAUUGGAUUGAAACCCUGGUACCCGACCCGAACCCGGAUGAUGCGUUGAAAAACCCGUUGGUUUUACAGGUCACGACUUUCGGGUGUGGCGGGUACAGUCUCGGGGCUUCGGUGCAUCACUCGUUGUGUGAUGGACUCGGUGCAACUCAGUUUUUCAAUGGUAUGGCUGAGUUGGCUCGCGGAGCAAGCCAGUUAUCGGUUGAACCGGUUUGGGACCGGGCUAGGUUGCUUGGACCCAGAGACCCGCCUAGGGUGGAAUUUCCGGUUCAUGAGUUUCUGAGGUUGGAUAAGGGCUUUUCUCCAUAUUCGUCGUCUAGUGGACCGGUUGUGAGGGAGUGCUUUCAUCUGAGGGAAGAGUGGUUGGACCCGUUCAAGGGGUUUUUGCGUGAACGUUCCGGUUCAAGCUACACGACAUUUGAAGCUUUGGGUGCUUUCAUUUGGCAGACAAGGGUGAAAACCUCAGGGAUUCCAGGUGAUGCAAAGGUGAAAUUUGCCUACUCCAUCAACAUAAGAAAGCUAGUGAAUCCCCCACUCCCAGCGGGCUACUGGGGCAAUGGCUGCAUAGCAAUGUAUGUCCAACUCACUGCCGAAGACCUAAUCCACCAACCCAUCUGGGAAACAGCUGAGUUGAUCAAGAAGAGCAAGCGCAAAGCCAACAACGAAUACGUGCACUCCUUCAUCGAUUUCCAGGAGCUACAUUACGCCGAAGGCAUCACAGCUGGUGAAAGGGUGAGUGGAUUCACAGAUUGGAGGCACUUAGGUCACUCCACAGUUGACUUUGGCUCGGGAGGCCCUGUAACUGUUCUACCACUCUCUAGGAACCUUCUUGGCAGCACCGAACCUUGUUUUUUCUUGCCAUAUUCUUCAACCAAUGAGGGGAGUGAUAAGGAUGCUUUUAAAGUUCUUGUGUAUUUGAGAGAGACUUUUGUGAAUGAUUUUAGGGCAGAGAUGGAUAAGUUUAGUCGAUUGGAUUUUGAUUUUCCUUGAAUGUACUCGCCCAAGUUAUGAUUUUUUUUUUUUUAAAAAAAAAGAAAUGUUAGGGAUACAGAACUCAAUCAUUGGAAAUGGUACAAAAACUCACAUGAUUAUUAUGGACCAUGUAGUUGUGUGAGUCCCAAAUGCGAGUGUUUUGUACCAUUUUUCGUCACUGCGUUUCUAGGUUUAAUAUUUUUAAUAAUUGGGUUUUGAAGUUGA